CGUGCAUCCACUAUCCUGGCGAGCUGUCAUAGUUCCUCGAGAGCUGGCUGCGAGCACUCGUCCUAAGUGGUGACAUGCUGAGGCACCGGGCCUUCGUCUUACUUACUGUCAUCAAUUUCGCCAUUCAAAUAUCAGCGGAACAAACAAUAUACUCCGAUGGCUGGAUUCCGAUGUCACACAAUGAUAUUUAUGAACAAAUAAGAAGAGGAGCAAUAACAACAACUGACUAUCCUGUUUACCUCCCUACAAAGACACGGGAUGAUUUUAAUAACAACUUGAAUUAUAAACAGAGGUCAAUUACUGAAAAAGAAAAUGAAAAUUUUAAAGAGACUGCUGCAAUGUUUAUGGAUCCUGAACCAGAUACCAUUAAAAUAGACAAACUCGAUCAAAUCACAGUUCACACUAAAGAAAAUGUAAGGAAAGCUAAAAAGGUAUGGAAUCCCAAUGUUGAUACUAGUGUCGACAGUGUUUUGGAGUUUCCAGAUGUUGAUUCCAAGACCGAUGUGUCAACAGAGAAGACCGUCGAUGUUAUAACAGCUGCAACAUCAAAUACUUACGAAGUGACUGAACAUAUUGAUACAUCGCCUGCCGAAGUAGACACAACAGAAAGCGCCGGCUACCAAUAUAAUCCGCCCACUGACGAAAACCAAAAUCUUACAUCCACAUUCUACCGAAUCCUGUCCAAAUACAAUAUCAAAACAGAGGAUAAACUGCCAAACUAUGAAUUAUCACUGCAGCGUAAAGUUCAAAAUCCCUCACGAGGUACGGAUAGGGUGCUUGUACCGUAUAGAUAUAACAGUUUAAAUCACUUGCCUGCAGACCCAUUGCUCGCCGUUUUCCUAUCCAACUAUGGGUUCUAUUUGCCAAGUUUGUAUGGGAUCAAAGCUAAUUACAAUAAUUUGUACGGUUAUCUGGCCUCUAAUAACAUUCAUAAUAACAGACCCUUCGGUUUGUAUAAAGUUUUCUCUGAUACUGAUUCAUGGAAUUAGCAGUUCAUCAGUUUAUGUUGUGCUUUCGUCAUUAUUAUUAUUUGUUUUGUUGAUGCUAAAAUUAGUUUUGAAAUGUUUGUUGUACAAACACUUAAACUAACUUAUUUUUAUCACAGUUGUGUUUGUGUUAGUGUACAAUGUUAUUGUGUUACCAAAAAUAAUUGUUUUAGUUUAGUACUAUCCAAAGUUGUGCGGCUUAUUACUAAGUCCUAUUCCCAGAAGGAGUUCAUAUAGCAAGUAGCAACACAUAUUACUAUGAUAUUUUUCUAUUUCGAAACUUUCUGUAGUAGCCCGAAGCAUAGAUAACUCGUUUUAUUGGUUAAAUGGGAUUAAAGACAUAACCGACAAAAGGGGGGUAACCUGUCCCACAUCGGAGCCAAACAGACAGGAACUUAUUAUGUUGUCGACCUCAUUUCUGAUGUUGAAUCACUGUUUCAAUAUUAUCUGUUCUUAUACAGAACAUUAAUAUUUACAUUGUCGAAGUUAUGAAUAACGGGCAGGAACAUUAUUUAUUAAAAAGUAUUUAAUAGGCAAACUUACCGUAGUUUACAACUUUUAAUCAGCGAAGAUAACUAACCCAACAUAAAGCCUUUAAAAUCCUUCACCAUUACAGAAUAACAAAAAAUUGGCAAAAGGACAUUUUUAAAAAAGCAAACCGAGUACCGCAUCCACUGCAUAAAGCGCGUCCAGUCAACAAUGGACGUUAUGUGUGAUAUCUUAAGAUUGUAAUUAGAUCGGGCUCGGUUAAAUAGAGGCUGGGAGCUUGGAGUAGUUCCAACAGCCACAGGCGUGACAGUUUCAUAGCGCGCUGUGAGAAGUUGCCUUUGUACAGGAGCCAGUUUGCACCACUUUUUAUAAUGCUUUUUACUCGUUAAACGUCCCGGAUUUUGUUUCUGAGACUUUAAAUCUUGUUAAUUUUGGAUUGUUUGUAAACUUUACCCGGCCAUAUUAAAGUUUAGCGAAAUUAUAGGACACUUUUGUUCGCCGCUGCAGUUAUUACGUGUUCUGUUGUUAGUACCGAGACUUGAAUUGUAAUUACCUCCUUUGUCAUGUAAAUGUACGUACAAUUCGACACAAAUUGUAAAAUAACACUGAAACCUAUUCAAUUUGCGGCGCGCAAUUGUAUUUUUUAUUACAAUCUUGUUGUGUUUGCAUUUGUUAUAAUAAUACUGAGUGAAAUAUUUCGUCAUUACAAUAUUUCGUUUCUAUUUGAAGUAAGCAAUUUAGGUAAGAAUACAUCUCAUCAAGACAUCACUUCAAACUUAAUGUUGGAGUUGACGAGGGGGGGAGGGCUCGGGGCAUGCCUCCGUCAAGGCGUCGAUCGGUUCGCAAUCAGGCGGCACAUUCUUAUAAACAUAUUUUCCGCAUGGAAGCCUCCAAUGAAGGAAACUUAAUAGAAUUGAUCGUAGAAAUUUAUUCCGUGAUUUAGUUUAAUAUCUCUCACGACGUACUUCGUUAAUAAACAUGUCUUGGUAUUUUAGUAUUGUAAUAAAUUAACCGACGGAACACGUUUACGGUUCAAUUAAACCACUUCAUUCAUUGCGUGUAAUGGUUAUGUUAACGUUCUAGUACAAAAGCAAUUUUCGUAUUCAUAACUCAUAAUACAGACAUGUUGGCACCUAGCUCGUUGGCUUUCAUUUAAAAAUUGAGCUAUAAAAACUGUGACUGCAUUUCAAGAAAAUCGUAUUGGAUAUUUUGGAACUGGUUCGUGAUUUAGCAAUGCAGUGUUUUACGGAAUGCAAGUAGCUUUAGUUGGAAAGAUUUCUGUGUGGAAUGUAUUGUUAGAGAGGCACAGUUGUGUCCAAUGUCCAUGUCCGGGGAGUAACUCAGUACUUGUGAAUAUUGUGCCCGCUGCGCUGCCACGCACACAGCGCGGCGCUGGAAUCACUCCAAGCCAAUAAAAUGGUGGCCGUGCACAAUUUGUUACUUCAUACGAGAAUACGAGAACUGCACACUUUUAAUAUAGUUCGCAUGCGUGCGUUCUUUGUUCGCAAAGUUUAUGCGAGACACAGGAUAACGGCGGCGUAGAAAACAAUGUUGUUUUCGAAUGGAACUACGUUUCAGCGGAAUUAAAUUAAUUUCACUACGAUAUUACAGAGUUGUUUGGUUUACACUCUUGUUAAAUACGUAAAUACAUUAUUCAAACAUUUGUUAUUUGUAUAGUAGUUCAAGAUGGUAAUACGAAUUUAACGUUAUUAUGUGUAUUACUGCCGCACUCAGAGACAUUAAGGGAUUAUUUAAACAAUUCUUUUAUAACGAUUUUAUCGAAAACGAUUGCUAAGGACCGGGUUAAACCAUUAACCAAAUGAUUCUGAAUACCGCGGUAAGCACUUAACCGUAAGAUUUUUUUAAGAGAAACAAAAAACAA